CCGUUAUCAGGCAAGGUGACAGCCACCUGUCCAUCGGAGAUAACUGAAUCUAUUUUUUGACGGAGCUCGACAACCGGCGGCCUGGGGCUCUCCUACCCGUCUACCGGCGUAUCAAUCAGCGAUCCGAUUUCAAUCAGACCCCUUUGAUAUAUAGCCUGCAAUGUCGAGUCGAUGGGCCAGUCGUUGGGUAGCUCAGUCGCCGGUCGUAGGUCUGGAAGGAAGCAUGGACGUCGUACAGAAUUUCGCUAGAGAGCAGUCUUCGGGCUCCGAGCACCAGGCGCUUCUCGUGGCCAAAAUUGUCGCCAUGGUGGUGCUCCUUGUGAUCACAGUGCUCUGCGGAAGCCUGCCCUACGUCCUAAACCGCUGCUUCGAGUGGACCAAGAAGAGUCCGGAGGAGACCCGUGCCUCGACGGCCGUGCGCUGCAUGCUCUUCUUUGGCGGCGGGGUGCUCAUCUGCACCACGUUCGUCCACAUGCUGCCCGAGGUGAUCGAGGUGGUUGGACAGUUGCAGCAAUGCAAGUCUCUUGCCCAGACGCCCUUUGCCCUGCCCGAGAUGCUGCUCUGCACAGGAUUCUUUUUGAUGUACGCUCUCGACGUGACGAUGUCGGGCUUUGUGCACCGCCAGCAGCAGAAGCUCAGCCGAAAGGAGUCCCUGGUCAGCGUUGCCUUCGAGAGGGGACGCAGCCCGCGGCAAAGCAUCCUGCUCCGGGCCAAGUGCGAGACUCCGGCUGAAGCAAUUCCAGAGCACAAGCCGGAGGAUCAUCACGGCCACUCUCAUAUGCCGCCGCUUGCGGAAGAGGGAUCUUCGGCACGAGGUCUGGGCAUCAUCCUGGCCCUCUCCCUGCACGAGCUCUUUGAGGGCAUGGCCAUUGGACUAGAGGGCUCCGUGAGCACAGUCUGGUUCAUGUUCGGGGCUGUGGCAGCCCACAAAUUAGUGCUGGCCUUCUGCGUGGGAAUGGAGCUCCUGGUGGCCCGCACCCGAGGCUCCCUGGCCGUCGUCUACCUGGUAACCUUUUCAAUAGUGACGCCCAUCGGCAUCGGCGUGGGUCUGGGCAUCAGUCACCAAGUGGCACCCGGCCACCCCAGUCUGCCCUCGGGUAUCCUGCAGGGAAACGCCUGUGGGACCCUUUUGUACGUGGUCUUCUUCGAGAUACUCACGGAAAACCACACCAGAUGGCUGUCGCUGCUUGCCACUGUGGCGGGAUUCGCCCUGAUGUUCGGAUUGCAAAUACUGUCUGACGAGGCAGAGGGCGAUGACAGUCUGACUUGUUCCUAGCACCUUGCAUUGGCUCCACCCCUAGACACCUGCCAGCCCCAGUAUUAUCUAUUAUUACUUGUUAAUACCUUGAUAAAUUUAUUAGUUGUACGACUGAAUAAAAUGAUAACAAUGUUUAAA